ACUCCGCUGCGUAAAUUCGACGACGUCGACGUGACGCCGCUCUCUCUCCAACUCUGUUCCCUUAGUUCUCUCAUCUCUCUGCUCCCUCCAAAUCCAGGCUUCUCCAGACAGACACUACUACGUGACUACAUCCUAAGCGUAAUAUCCGACUUUGGGCUUGCGGAGGAUCAAAGAAAGGUUUUCAGGGACAUUGGUGUUGGAGUUGGAUGGGAAUUGAGGAAAUUAGGAGGAGGAAGAGGUGCUGGAGAAAAAAGAAGUGAUGAUGAGGAAGUCUUUUAAGGAUUCUCUCAAAGCCCUUGAAGCUGACAUCCAACAUGCCAAUACCUUGGCUUCUGAUUAUCCUAGAGAAUAUGAUGGAGCUUGCCUCCAGAUGAGACUAUCAUAUAGUCCUUGUGCCCACAUUUUUCUCUUUCUCGUCCAGUGGACGGAUUGUCACCUUGCUGGAAUUCUUGGCUUUCUCAGGAUCCUUAUUUAUAAGGCAUACGAAGAUGGUAGGACAUCCAUGUCCGUUCAUGAAAGGAAAGCUACUAUAAAGGAAUUUUAUGGUGUGAUAUUCCCCUCCUUGUUGCAACUUCAAAGGGGAAUCACUGAAGUUGAAGAAAGAAAACAGAGAGAAAUCUGUGCCAAGAAGUACACUAGAAGUUAUGAAAUGGGCAAAGGUAAGUUGUCUGAAAUCGAAAUUGAGAGAGAAGAAGAAUGUGGAAUUUGCAUGGAGAUGAAAUCUAAGGUUGUUCUCCCCAGCUGCAACCACUCUCUCUGCUUGAAGUGUUAUAGGGACUGGCGUGCAAGGUCUCAAUCAUGCCCUUUCUGUCGGGAUAGUCUCAAAAGAGUAAAUUCUGGAGACCUUUGGAUUUACACUAGCAGUUGUGAAAUUAUAGAGUUGUCAGCAAUUGCAAAGGAAAACUUGAAGAGACUUUUCAUGUACAUUGAGAAACUACCUCUGCUAGUUCCAGAUGCAGUGCUGGUCUCUUAUGAUCCUCAAUUCAGAUGAAAGAAUUCUUGGGACAGAAAUAGAGAUGUUGAGAAAUACAUUGGCUGCAUAUUGCUGGGAACUCGAAGAUUUUCCCGAGGUCGGCGUAAAUAUGUGAAAGCGGUUUUCCACUUUUCCUAUGCUGCUUGUUAUGAGAUCCGAGGCAUUCUAAGGAAAAGGUCUCAGCGCAAUUGCAUUCCAGCCCUUCUUCGUCUUCUCUUACUUGUACUUGGGGCUUUGGGUCCUGUCGAUUUUACGUCGAUUACCUGCUAGUGCUUGAGUUGGGGAUUAUGCACCCACCCAUUAGGCCACUAGUAUAACAUGUAAUGUUCGUACACAAUUUUGGGUUUAUUGAAGUUGCUACCUAAAAGAAAGAAGUUGCUAAAGUAACAUCCAAGGAGCAAAAGGUUGGUCUUGAUUGAAGAUAUAGAACACCUUAUGCCUUGUAUUAGGUCGACGAUCAUGAUCAGCAGCUUGAUACAGAUGACGAGUCGAGUUGGUCAUUUUUCCAGAAGCGCUGCAGUUCGCAACUUGAAUUGAUGACUUUCCUGUAAGAUUACCAAGUCUUCUUUUCCUGUCUAUGA